GCAUAAUUAAAUUGGAUCACAUGGUUCCUCUUAAGAGGAACAUUUUACACCAAAAAAAGAAGGAAAAAAAAAAAGUCGUCUUCUUUCUUCUUUAGCUCCUUGCUUCGUUUUCUUGUUAUUGCGACUAAUAAUUACUGCACUCCUAUAAUUUUCAAGUCAAAUCAAAAGAGGUGUUUAAUUUGAGGAGGCAGGAACCCUAAAAUUGAUUGUGAUGGGACGAGGAAAGAUUGCGAUUCGAAGGAUCGACAAUUCAACGAGUCGGCAAGUAACGUUUUCGAAGAGAAGGAAUGGAUUGCUGAAGAAAGCUAAAGAAUUAUCCAUUCUCUGUGAUGCUGAAGUUGGAUUGAUUGUGUUUUCCAGCACUAGCAAGCUUUAUGAAUAUGCAAGCACCAGCAUGAAAUCAAUUAUUGAACGCUACAACAAGCUUAAGGAAGAACAUAAUCAGCUGAUGAAUCCAGCUUCCGAAGUCAAGUUUUGGCAGAGAGAAGCUGCAAGCUUGAGGCAACAACUGCAGCACUUGCAAGAAUGCCACAGGAAACUGAUGGGCGAAGAGCUUUCUGGACUGGGUGUUCAAGAACUACAAAAUCUUGAAAACCAACUGGAGAUGAGUUUAAAGGGUGUUCGCAUGAAAAAGUCUAUAAAAAGAUGGAAUUCUUACAAAAAGAAAAUGCAGAGCUAAAAAAGGUUUAUGAAGCAAGGAGUACAAAUGGAGAAAAUGCAGCAUCCAAUCCUCCAUACACUAUCGGAAAUGGAUAUGACUUACUUGCACCUAUCAGUCUCCAACUAAGCCAGCCAGAGACUCAAUACACUGAACCACCUGCCAAAGCAAUGAAACUGGGACUGCAGCUGCAAUAACAAAAACUGUUCAAGAAUCGUGGAUGAUUACCAUUUCUGAGCUGCUGUCAACAACUUGUACUACUUAUAAUGAAGCUUUUAUCAGUGAGAUCUUGUACUUCAACAAUCACAUUUAUUUGAUGCAACAAUACAAAGCAUAUUGGUAUGCAAUUAUCUAUCUAGAAGCUUGCAUUGCCUUCAAGGAUCAGACAAUGACUACCUAUGUAAAUUUUAUGCAAUAAAGAUAUCAACCACUGUGCCUGGUAAUGUUUUAUAUAAUUUCUACAUUUGUUAAAAUCAAUGGAAUGGAAUUCCAAACACCACCACCUGUGCCUAUACCUUCAAUCAGCAAUAUAAAACAUUAACAGAAACUAUGUAGGCCAUAGUUGUUUUUGUUUUCGCAUCAAGUAAUAAGUAUGAAUCAUGUCUUUUCAGAACAAAUUUUUAGCAGUACUGAUAACUACAAAGAGGGAGCCAAUAUCCUGAAUCAAACACAAUAAUCUUGUAUAAACCAACCCCAUUACAUAAUGCAAAAAUAGAAUUCCUGAAGAAAUAAAGGAUUCAACUACAAACAUCAACUCAGCACAGUUGUCUAAAAGAUAGUAGGAAAAUCUCAGAGACAGAAGCACACAAAAACAUAUAUUCACAUUUUUUAUUGAAGACUUUUUACCAUUGAUUCUAAACAAAUUUAAAUAGAUUUUAGGCACCUUUUAAAAGCAAGGUAUAAACCUUUGCUGGGGCAAGCAUAAAACACAUGACUCGAGUAUCAACAAUUUCUCAUAUAGAUGCAAGAUAACUGAUGUUACAAAAAGAGAAGGAAUAGUUGCCACAACUACAUACCUACUCUGCUGCAGAUUCUAAAGUAGAAAUAAGGGAUGAAAAACAAUUCACCAAUCCACACAUGAUGCUGUGGGUCGCAGAGAAGCUGUCAUUUCUGACAUUCAUCCAGAACAUUUGCAUUACAGGAGGCAAAGCAAACUAGCCAUAUGGUGAAU